AUGGAGGUAUUUGCAGAAGCAGAUACUUCCAAUUUAUUCAACUUGAGUCCUAGAAAUGAAAUACCACAAGGACUCAAAACACCAAUGCUGGACACAGCCAUCAAAAUCCCAGAAGGUUCCCCUCAAGACACCUCAACUCCCUUCAGAGGCCACCUAGAAGUACCCAUUGACCCUCCCUUUGCCUCAUCUCCCACAAGCUCUACCUUUUCAGCUGAAAUAAGCAUCCCACCCACUUCCCCUCCCCCACAAACCCAUUGCUCCCAUGCACUCAGCGACACAGUAUUCCAAACAACGCUCAGAAAACACACACCAGAGGCAGACAUCAACAACACUUCAAACACUUCACUCAUGCUUGUUGCAGAGCCACCAGACCCAUUCCACACAAACACAACAACCUACUACAUCCCAGGAACAAUGAUCCCCCCUACCCCUCCCCAACCAAUGCACUCCUGCACAGCUUCCUGUUAUGAACUUGGAUAG